UGUGGAGCCGCGGCGACAGAGAUCGGCGCGAAUCGACGCGAUGAGUGUCCAGUUUAGCGAAGGUCGAUGACCGAUCGGAGAUCGUUGGUGUAAACUACUGAGUGCACGUUAGUUGUGUGUUAUCUGUGUGCGAUUGUGAUCGAUAAAGAAAAAAAUUGAUUAUAAUCAAAGUUUAUUAAUUGAAAUAAUCAUGUGACACGAUGUCCAUCGCCUCGAGACAAACAAGCGCCAUCGGGCUCGUCGGCCGCCCGAUGCUGAUUCGACUCGUACUACUGACUCUGCUGCUCCUUCUCGACGCUCGUCUAACCACAGGCUUUAGGCACUCGCCGCGGCUGGUAAAGAGAAACAGCAGCAGCAGCGGCCCCCCUGGGAACAACGCGACACCCGAGCGCAACAACAUGGUCCGGGGCCUUCGCGCCCCGGCCGUGGUGGACCCGCGCUCGCCGGAGCUGCUGCUGCGCUGCGAGUACGACCUGGGCGGCAACGAGCUGUACGCGGUGAACUGGUUCCGCAACGAGGACGUGCUGUUCCGCUACUCGCCGAGCCUCGUGCCCAAGGCGACGGCCUAUCCGGGGGUGGCCGACGUCAACGUCAGCCUCGAGCACAGCAACGCCGAGCAGCUGCUGCUCAUCGGCCAUCAGGACGUGCAGCGAAACAUGAAGUCGUACGAGGGUACGUACGUGUGCGAGGUGUCGACGGAGCGGCCCUUCCUCACCGACUACGGGGUGGCCAACGUCAGCGCCGCCAUCCUGCCCAAGGUCAAUCCCGUCCUCGAGGGUCUCCGGCACAAUUAUCAGGUCGGCGAGUUCCUCGAGCUGGCCUGCACCUCGGCACCGAGUCUGCCCCCGGCCGAGCUCUCCUUCUACCUCAACGGACGCAAGAUCGAUCAAUCACGAGUGCGCAGCGAGAGGAUGCGUCCGUCGAACGAGGCUACGUCGAGCACGAGAUCCGAGCUGUCCCUGAAGCUGGAGAGGCAGCACUUCCAGAACGGCAGUCUGAAGGUGGCCUGCGUCGCUCGAAUAGCCAAUCUGACGCAGAUCAGCCGCGACUAUCGAGUCGAGGCCGUGAUCGCCUUGGGUGCCGCCAACCAGCCGCUGGCCCAGGCACCGCCCUCGCCGAAUUCGGCGGCAGCGUCGGGACUUCAUCGUUAUCUGGGAUUGCUUGUCGUCGCGUUCUGGGCCGUCGGUAAAAUUGCAUGAUACGACUGAUUCGAUCGACUUGUCCGAUUUCUAUGUUAGAAACGAAGAUAUACGACUGCACAGUUUAUUCUCAAGAUGUAUAAAUAUAAAAUAUACUUUCGAAAUUAUUACGUUAUUUUUUACUUAAACGUAGAGGAGUGCAAUGACGAGCUACGGCAUUGCUGGAUUAUUAUAUCGUAUAAUGUCUGAUGUAAUCAGAGAAAAUUUGUUGCCAAAAUAUUUUUACGAAAUACUAUGAAUGAGUUGAACAAGAAUGAGAUAUAUUUUUUGUAAUUGUAAUAUUGCUUUAAAACGACACCGGCUAGAAAAUUCCGAGCGAGAGAGAGAGAGAAUAAUUUGACCCACCGAUAAAAGAUCGAAAUUUUUUUUAAUGGUAAGCUAAAUUUUUAUAGAUAUGUUUGAAUUAAGCAAAGCACGAACCAUUUUUUUUUUUUCAGCACUUGAUACAUUUUUAGAACCUGUAAGAAUCCUAUAUGAUGAUACGAUGAAAUUGUGUUAUUUGUAAAAUAAGAACAAAGAUAUACCGAAAAGGAUUAUGAAAGAAUAUAAUUAUAUUACGAAUAGAUAGCAGAUACGAAUAAUAGCAAAUUAAUAAUUAUCAGUUCCAUGACUCGUCAGAGACUACUGACUUUCAUGCAUUUUAAAUUUUAAAUUCAUCCAUGAAUGAUUGGAAAAGUUUUAAUUUUAUUUGUAAAGUUAAAUAGAUAUUUAAACUUGCGAUGCAAUUCGAUUUGAAUUCUGAGUUGGGGAUGUAUACGAUGUGAGAAUAAGAGAAGAGAAGAUAAAAAAAUUAAAAAAAUUUUUGUGUAAAUAGUGUGUAUAAUGCAAUAGAAUCUGUAUGUAUCGUGACACUUGAAGAUACUUUAAUAUGUAACAAAAAACCAUUAAAUUGAUCCAUUCAUCGUUAAA